AGCUCGAGUGGCUGACUCUAAGCAAAGCUGAGGAAGGCAACACCGUCGAUGAAGAGUGACUGGGUAGACACAGGAACAACAUAUGUGCAACAGGAAGUGCGAGGAAGGAAUGUCCCGCGAGCAGGACUAUUGGCGGCUUAGCUUCAGUUAGAGCGCGGUACUCUUAUGUAGGAUCACAAUGCCAAAUGCAGCCGUUCGAUGAGCGCCGUGACGACUGCAAGAACGCGCUGGACAAGGCUCGCUGUGUUCUGUUCUUCACGCCUCAGUACGUGGACCGUCUCGAGGUCGGCAUGAAGGUCAGUACCGAUGAGUUGCUGAUCAUUCAGAACAGCAACAUGCGUAUCCCGCAGGAAGGCGGUGACGCCGAGGUGGAUGAGCGCAAGAAGCUCAUUCUUACUCAUGCGGAGAUAAAAAAAUCGUAACUACAACUCCAAGCACAUAAAGGUGGAAUAGGAGAUGAAGGAAGAGCGCGAAGUGUUUGGCUGUCUCAAAAUUAAGAUUUGACCCGACAUUAAGUCUAUUGAGAAAUGGAUUGAGUAGAGUCGCUUCGACCGUAAGAAGAUCGAAACACGGUUGGUUUAGCGGCUACAUAUCAUUGAUGCGAUGGAAAAUAUAUAUCGUUGUCAAGAGCAAUAUAGGUAUCGACAAAUCGCUUAACUACUUACA